AUGCCGGAACGAUCAGACGCGACGUCAUCGCAAGAAACCACAACUUCCAAGUCAGUGGAAUCAUCGACUACGGACGUGGCGACCAAGACGGCUACGAGGCCUAUGACCACGGUGUCAGCCACAACGACAUCGCCAGAAACCACCGCCUCCAAUUCGGUGAAAACGGAAGCCAAAACCAAGUCCGAGCCGAGCCCUACGAUCACGAUGCCGGAACGAUCAGAGGCAACGACAUCGCAAGUAACCACAACCUCUAAGUCAGCAGAAUUAUCGACUACGGACGCGACGGGCAAGCCCAUGACGAGCCCUAGGACCACGAUAUCAGACACAACGACAUUGCAAGACACCAUUACCUCCAGUAAGUAUGCUUUUGAUCAUUAAUAUAAUUUGUCUAGCCACUACCCCCUUCUCUCUCUUUCUCUCUCCUUCUCUCUCUCUCUCUUCCUCUCUCUAUCCCGUCCUCUUCACCAUCCGUCUCCUUCUA